AUGGCGGUCAACGCGAGCUUUGUCUCGCCGACGGCAGAUGCGAAGGUCGCGCAUACGAUAGCGCAAUUCGACGCCAAUGGUAUUUUGAAUACGAUGCUGAAUAACCUCAGCGGCUGGAGGCUCGUCCUGACCCUUCUGCUCGGCGCAAUUGUGUACGAUCAGUUCAAGUACAUCUGGAACAAGGGUUCAAUCGUCGGCCCUGCAUGGAAAGCACCCUUCAUUGGACCCUUUCUGGAUUCUAUGAAUCCCAAAUUCAACAAGUAUCACGCGAAAUGGUCCUCCGGUCCGCUGAGCUGCGUGUCCGUGUUCCACAAGUUCGUCGUUAUCGCUUCCACCCGUGACAUGGCUCGCAAGAUAUUCAACUCCCCUGCGUUCGUCAAGCCCUGCGUCGUCGAUGCCGCCUAUAAGCUCCUCCGCCCCAAUAAUUGGGUCUUCCUGGACGGCAAAGCCCAUGUUGACUACCGCAAAGGUCUGAACGGCCUGUUCACUCGUCAAGCACUCGAGCAGUAUCUCCCCGGCCAGGAAGAGAUCUACAACCGGUACUUCAAGAAAUUCGUGCAUAUCUCUCAGGUGGAGAAUAACGGCAAACCGGUUCCGUUCAUGUCGGAGUUCCGCGAGCUGAUGACCGCGUUGAGCUGCCGGACUUUUGUAGGCCACUAUAUGUCCGAGGAGACGGUGAAAAGGAUCGCGGACGACUACUACACGAUCACUGCUGCGCUUGAGCUGGUCAACUUCCCGAUCAUUCUGCCUUUCACGAAGAGCUGGUACGGCAAGAAAUGCGCAGAUAUGGUCAUCGAAGAGUUCGCUAAAUGCGCUGCAAAGAGCAAGAUUCGUAUGGUUGCCGGGGGCGAGAAGGAGUGUAUCCUCGACUUCUGGGUUGCUUCCAUGUUUGAAUCCGAGAACUACCGCAAGAGGGUGGCUGCCGGCGAAGACGUUCCUACUUCCGAGAAGCCCUCCAUGCUCAUCCGCAUCUUUAGCGACGUUGAGAUCUCCAUGACCUUGCUUACUUUCCUCUUCGCUUCCCAGGAUGCCACUUCUUCGGCCUGUACGUGGCUAUUCCAGAUUAUGGCCGAUCGCCCCGAAUUCUUGGACAAGGUUCGCGCCGAAAACCUUGCUGCCAGGGACGGCGAUAUCAAUGCCCCGAUCAGCCUGGAUGCGAUCGAAAAGCUGACCUGGACCCGCGCUGUCGUUAAGGAGACCCUACGCUACCGCCCACCCGUCAUCAUGGUUCCGUACGUGGCGAAGAAAGACUUCCCCAUCACCGAUAGCUACACUGCUCCCAAAGGCUCCAUGGUUAUCCCAACGACUUACAUGGCGCUACACGAUCCCGAAGCGUAUCCCAACCCCGAAUCCUUCGAGCCAGAGCGAUGGAUUUCCGGCGAUGCUGAUAAACAGGUCAAGAAUUGGCUUGUAUUCGGAACCGGACCGCACUACUGCAUUGGGCAAACAUAUGCCCAGGCUAAUUUGAUGCUCCUGAUCGGCAAGGCGAGUAUGAUGCUGGACUGGACGCAUAAGAUUACGCCUAAGAGUGAGGAAAUUAAGGUGUUUGCUACGAUUUUCCCUAUGGACGACUGCUUGCUCACCUUCUCCGAGCGUACCGCCUAA